GCCAUGGAUGUAUUAAGAGUGCGGAGAAACAUUCAGAUAGUUCCGGGGGGACACAUUUAGCGGUGACGCAGUAACUGCAAGCUAUGCGGAAGUGAUUUUUGUUGUCACAAUGGGCAGAGUCGGGGACCACCCUGGUUAAGAAAUGAUAAGACAAUGGACUCAAAGGACUAAGACCGCGAGUAAAUAUAGCAGCUGGCUCUCUUAAACCCACCGCACCCUCAGCUGAGGACGUUGGUGUUCGGAGCGUGGCUGCUGGCCUACGUCGCCUGUCUGCUGUCCAUCAGGAGGAUGUGGACCGGGAAGUACGUCCGCAGUCCCCUAGUCCGCUCCCUGUUCACGAGCAUGGUGACCGAGAACGACGCGGCCGCGGCGGAGACACAGGAGUGGUACCGUUGCAGUCCUGAGCUGCUGGGAGAAUCAGUGCGACCCGUGUUUGUCCAGAGCCACCUGGACUCAGGCACCAAGGCUUUCCUCAAGCGGAGUGGGGAGAAGUCUGGCUGGCUCUUCACCCAGCUCUACCACUCUUUUGCAUCAACAGUCCUGAGCCCACUGGUCUCCCGCACCUCCAUUAACGGGUUUCUGGGUCGCGGCUCUAUGUUUGUGUUUUCUGAGGAGCAGUUCCAUCAGCUACUCGGCAUCGGCCCGGAUUGGAGGGCGGACAGACUCCUGGACCUCGGAGCUGGGGAUGGAGGGGUCACAGAGGUGAUGGGAGCCCAUUUCAGAGAGGUCUAUGCAACAGAGGUCUCAUUACCCAUGAGGUGGCAUCUUCAGAGGAAGAAUUACAAGCUGCUGGGUGUAGAUGAGUGGCAGCAGACUGGUUUCCAGUACGACGUGGUCAGCUGCCUGAACCUGCUGGACCGCUGUGACGAUCCUCUGCUUCUCCUGCGGGACAUCAGGCUAUCGCUCGUUCCCAACACAGGGAGACUCAUCCUGGCUGCGGUGCUUCCCUUCCAGCCGUAUGUGGAAGUCGGAGGAAGAUGGCAGCGUCCCAAAGAACAUAUAAAAGUAAAAGGAAAAAUGUGGGAGGAGCAAGUGACCAACCUGUCCAAUGAGGUUUUCCAAAGGGCGGGGUUUGAGGUGGAGGCUGUGACCCGGUUGCCAUACCUCUGUGAAGGGGACAUGUAUAACGAUUACUACGUCCUAGACGAUGCCGUUUUUGUCCUUAAGUCCUCAGAGGAUGAGUCUACCUGAGUUCCAAAUGCACUGUGGGAACAUCAGAGUCUUUAUUGUUAACUUUCUCUUUGUAGGUUGGUCCUGGGUGGAUUUUAGUCCUAAUUUUCAUAAUCUUCAUUCAUAAAACACAGGAUUUCUGACUGCAUUUCUUUAGAAAUGGUGUCAGCUGUGAAGCUCAGGUACUGUAGUUCCUCCAUUUUCCAGCCAUAUUGUGUGACAGUGAUACCUCUACUUUUUAAGCAAAAAAGAACUGAAUGGCAGUUUGCCUCUGUUGAAAUGCCACUAAAAAACAAAUCCUCUGGGUCAUAUCCUCAUCCUGUUGGUGUUCGUUCGAUAAAGUCUCUUAUCUGUGGGAGUGUUUACUGUUAGGGUUUCAUCUUUCUGUAAUAUUAACGGGAGUAAUCCUGGAUCAGUUAGCACUUUAAUUAUUUCAGAUUCCAAUGCAAAGUCUCAGUGUAUGCACAUACUUGAUUCCUACAUUCUGAAUUUGGCCUUUUGUAUUUUAAUUCUUUUUUUUUUUAACUUGCUAUUAGUUAGUUCUGACCAAAACAUGAGGCCUUCUUAAAGCGAGACUAUGUGUCCGUUACUGAAUAAUGUUUAAAGCGUCUCUGCAGAGUUUGAACUUAACCUUUUAGUAUCGGCUCAGCUCACGUGUAACCUCAACCGAGGUGGCAACAAAGAAAGUUCCAUCUACUACACACGACUUUUGCCAAUGGAAUGCCAAAAAAGAUUGUUUCCAAGUGAGUUGAGUCGGGUCGUACCGUGCAGUG